CGCGGAGAAGGGCCGGGCUGGGCGAGCGCACUGCCAUGGCCCCGUGGCUGCAGCUCUGUUCUGUCUUCUUCACUGUCAAUGCCUGCCUCAAUGGCUCGCAACUGGCCGUGGCCGCGGGCGGCUCCGGCCGCUCGAGGGGCGCCGACACCUGUGGCUGGAGGGGAGUGGGACCAGCCAGCAGGAACAGUGGACUGCACAACAUCACCUUCAGAUAUGACAACUGUACCACCUACUUGAAUCCUUUGGGGAAGCACGUGAUUGCUGAUGCCCAGAACAUCACCAUCAGCCAGUAUGCUUGCAAUGACCAAGUGGCCGUCACCAUUCUUUGGUCCCCAGGGUCCCUCGGCAUUGAAUUCCUAAAAGGAUUUCGGGUAAUACUGGAGGAACUGAAGUCGGAGGGAAGACAGUGCCAACAACUGAUUCUAAAGGACCCAAAGCAGCUCAACAGUAGCUUCAAAAGAACUGGAAUGGAAUCUCAACCUUUCCUGAAUAUGAAAUUUGAAACGGAUUACUUUGUAAAGAUUGUCCCUUUCCCUUCCAUUAAAAAUGAAAGCAAUUACCACCCUUUCUUCUUCAGAACUCGAGCCUGUGACCUGUUGUUACAACCGGACAACCUUGCCUGUAAACCCUUCUGGAAGCCUCGGAACCUGAACAUCACCCAGCACGGUUCAGAUAUGCAGGUGUCCUUCGACCAUGCACCACACAACUUUGGCUUCCGUUUUUUCUAUCUUCAUUACAAGCUCAAACAUGAAGGACCCUUCAAGCGAAAGACUUGUAAGCAGGAACAAAAUACAGAGACAACCAGCUGCCUCCUUCAAAAUGUUUCUCCAGGGGAUUAUAUAAUUGAGCUGGUAGAUGACACUAAUACAACAAGAAAGGUGAUGCAUUAUGCUUUAAAACCAGUACAUUCCCCGUGGGCUGGGCCCAUCAGAGCUGUGGCCAUCACUGUGCCGCUGGUUGUCAUAUCGGCAUUUGCAACGCUCUUCACUGUGAUGUGCCGCAAGAAGCAACAAGAAAAUAUAUAUUCACAUUUAGAUGAAGAGAGCUCUGAGUCCUCCACAUAUACUGCAGCACUGCCCAGGGAGAGGUUCAGGCCGCGGCCGAAGGUCUUCCUGUGCUAUUCCAGUAAAGAUGGCCAGAAUCACAUGAACGUCGUCCAGUGUUUUGCCUACUUUCUCCAGGACUUUUGUGGUUGUGAGGUGGCACUGGACCUGUGGGAAGAUUUCAGUCUCUGUAGAGAAGGGCAGAGAGAAUGGGUCAUACAGAAGAUCCACGAGUCCCAGUUCAUCAUCGUGGUGUGUUCCAAAGGCAUGAAGUACUUCGUGGACAAGAAGAACUACAAACACAAAGGAGGUGGCCGAGGCUCAGGGAAAGGGGAGCUCUUCCUGGUGGCGGUGUCGGCUAUUGCUGAAAAGCUCCGCCAGGCCAAGCAGAGUUCAUCCGCGGCGCUCAGCAAGUUCAUCGCCGUCUACUUUGAUUAUUCCUGUGAAGGCGAUGUCCCCUGCAUCCUGGACCUGAGUACCAAAUACAAACUUAUGGACAACCUUCCCCAGCUCUGCUCCCACCUGCACUCAGGAGACCGUAGCCUCCAGGAGCCAGGGCAGCACUUGGGACACGGCAGCAGAAGGAACUACUUUCGCAGCAAGUCAGGACGUUCCCUGUAUGUCGCCAUUUGCAACAUGCACCAGUUUAUCGAUGAAGAGCCCGACUGGUUCGAGAAGCAGUUCUUACCCUUGCAUCCUCCCCUCCUGCGCUACCGGGAGCCCGUCCUAGAGAAGUUUGACUCGGGCUUGGUUUUAAAUGAGGUCAUCUGCAAACCAGGACCAGAGAGUGAUUUCUGUCUAAAGGCCGAUGCUGCCGUUCUUGGGGCCGCUGGGCCUGCUGACUCGCACCCGGAGUGUCAGCACGUGUGCCUGGACCAAGACCCCGAGGCCCUGUCUGCCCGUGAGGGUGGCUCCACACUGCAGCCCUUGCUGCAUGAUGUGAAAGCGGGCAGCCCCUCGGACAUGCCGCGGGACUCCGGCAUCUACGACUCGUCGGUGCCCUCGUCUGAGCUGUCUCUGCCUCUGAUGGAAGGACUCUCAACCGACCAGACAGAAACGUCUUCCCUGACGGAGAGCGUGUCUUCCUCCUCUGGCCUGGGUGAGGAGGAUCCUCCUACCCUUCCUUCUAAGCUCCUCGCUUCUGGAGUGUGCAAAGCAGAACUUGGUUGCCGCAGCUACACUGAUGAACUCCACGCGGUUGCCCCUUUGUAACAAAACAGAAGAGUCUAAGCAUUGCCACUUUAGCUGCCGCCUCUCUCUAGUACCAUAGCUCAUCUCUGGUUACCUGCCUUCUUGGAGCUGGGGGCUCAUAAAAGGAAAUUUGGAAUGAAAUUCUGGCCAGUACUUGCUCUGUACUUCCCAACCCUCUACCAGGUAUCUUGGCAAAGUUGCCAAUUUUCCAAGACCAUAUGGAGUUCUGAAAGGCAUGUCCAUGGGGUCUGACAACACCUUGCUAUAUUAGGUCAGUUCCUGGAUCAAAGCCUAUUCUGAGAGGUAGAAAGGAAACAGGUAAAAAGAAAUAGGAUAAUGCUCACACUGACCAUUCAGACUUCUUUGAGCUCCACAAACUUUGCUCUUCAUUGUUAGUUACUUUGAUUUGAAAUGAUCUGUGGAAAAAGCACUUGUAAUGUCAUUAUUGCCACAGAAAUCAAGUGCCAGUCUCUCUGGAAUCUGUCAUAUUGCAAAAGACAAUUUUUUGCAUUUUUGAUGUGGAACUUAUGAUGUUAGGGGUGUUAAGUAAGUUUUGAGUAAAAUGUCAAAGAAGUGACUGAAUGUCUAGUCACCUUUUAAAAAGUGAGUCUUUUAUAUAUUACUGGGUGACAUGGCUGGGUGAGGAGGAGGCAGUAGAGCAGGCUGUCUUGAUCAUUCCAUCUCAGAGUCUUCUCUUGGUCUGAGUAGGCCUCAUGCGGAGGCCAGAGUUGCCUAUCAAGUUUCCCUGGGUUACACUUACUAAGCUGUAGCUCAGAUGAUGGUGUCUGGACAUUUAUUUUAAGAGACUGUUACCCAGCUGGACCAUAUUAUUGAAAGUUGUAGUUCGAACUGUGCUUCAUUUUGGCCUUUUGGUCUAAACUUGUGUCCAGAAUACUAGAGAUCAGAAUUCGCAAAAAUGCAACAGUGUAUGGAGGUGGUGGCCAGCUAAUCUCCUGAACUUGUUUUGAUUGAUGACAAGAAUCUUUUUAAGAAGGUAGAAAGGAAGGGACUAUCACAGAAGUUAAUGUUAUAUUUUUAUGAAUGUCUCCUCUGUCUUCAAAGGGAAAAUGUUUGUUCAUAUCCUGUUUGUUCAUUAGCAUGUGUGUGAUGAUGUGUUAGUCUCCUGUCUGGAAACCCUUGCCCUUCCCAUGCCCUGGCGCAGGUGUGAGCAUCUCUAUACCUCUUUUUCAUAGAAGCCAUUGAUUUUGGCAGCCCGUUGUUUCAGCAUUCAGUUUGGGGACCAUGGCUUGCCUUCAUUAUACAGGACCAACAGUGGGAGGUGGGGUGGAGCAGAACUUUACCUUUCAAGCAUGUGCUUGUCAGGUGGGGAAGGGAAGGCUUUUACUCCUGCUGGCAAGAAGAGGCUUAUGUGUAUUUUGGAUGCAAAUGUGCUAUUCCUUGCUCGGUAAAAGGCAGCUGGCAGCUUCUUGGGAUAACGUGCUCAUCUGUUCUCUGGCAUCAAGUUUCCUGCAGCUGCUCUGAGGGAGAGACAGUAAGCUGCAAGACUGUCUCUCCAUAAAACAGGCUUCUUGGUACAGGAGAGAUGUUCCACGUGGAAUCCAGGACAAGCACAGAGCUUCUGCCCAUAUAAAAUUGCCUUGCUGUUUUCAUCACCCACAUACAUUCUAUGAAGGAGAUACGUGGGUCCAAACUUGCUAAGAAAUGAAAAUUCACUUGGAACAUUACUAGAGAGAUUUCUGAUUGAGAUUAAGAGCCGUUUCAUGCUCUCCAAGGAACCUGGGAGCUGCUUUUAGGACAGACAUUCAGCUUCACAUAUGAAAUAGGCAUCUCUGAGAAAGUGGCCCCAGGGACAGUUUGGAGCUUUGGGAGGAACAUUAAUUGAGGUCCAAAGGUGUGGACAGAGAGUUCAGUACAUGAACUCACUUGUUACAAAAAUGGAAAGGACAAAAAGGAUGCUAGUCCAAAAAUCAGGUCAUGUUUUAAUUUGGAUUUAGGGUUUGAAUAUUUUCCUGAACUACCAUUCACAGACUCAGACUCUAAAAUGCCAUGUAAUAAAACUACAGUAUGAUUGCCUGAUUCAGAAUAAGUUGAGAAGUCUGUCUUUCUAGCUUUGUUUCAUUAGUUUCACUCUUUUUUUCUCCACCGCAUCUCCCCCCACAUCAUGCUAGGAAUGGGAAUAGUUGUGUUGUAGACAGAUUAAGGCAAAACAUCUGUUCUAAGCAGAGUUGCAUUUUUUGACUCACAAAUUGACAGUGGAAAUGAUAAGAUGAAAUUUUUUAAAAAAAAUUCUUCCAAUUUACUAGCUUUAGAUAUUGGGGAAACAAGAAUUCGAUUAUAGUGAUGCUCUCAGUGAAAGACCUUGAUCUGAGAGUAAGUGGCUUCUGUGGGUAAGUCGGUGCCCUCUGCAAAGGGGACCAGUGUUCAGCCAGGGCUCUAGGAAACCAAGAAGGCCCAAGGUAGGAAGCUAGUCAUUCUCCUUAAUUCACCAAUAUCCCACAGAAAGGAUUUAGCAUCUGAUGCAGUAAACUUUGCUGAGAGAGUGAUUAGGGAUGUUAAAACCCAAGUAAUUAUGUGUUCUUCUCUGAGAAUUUAGCUACAAGUAACAGGGACCACAUUAAUGGACCCAGCCUAGCCACAAUGGGUGCAGAAACUCCUCCAGAUGAACUAGACUUGGACCUUUGAAGUACAUGGAAGUUUAGAAAGAAUCAAAAGUCAUUCCAGUCCAAUCCUGGGUAUUGAGUUAGGGACUCAGCCAGGUAACAGUAUUUUGAGGUAAAAUGAGAUUGGGCCAUAAAGUCAUGAGAUGGAGAUUUCGGUUGAUAUGUUAUUAACUGAAAACAGUCCCAGAUCAGAAGUUAAAAAAAAAAUUGUCCUUAGUAAUGAUGACAUCAUUAGAAUCAAUGUGUAGUUAGUUACAGAUAUUUAAGUUUCUAUGUGUAUGUUUGUCAAAGUUCUCUCUUGCUACUCUACAGCCACAAGAUAUUUUGGUUUUGUUUUUCACCAAUCCUCAGUCUCAGGUCACCUGACUUAUGAGCAAACAGGAAGACUAGCUCUCCAAAACUGCAGGGUAACAGGAUUUUGAGAGCUUUUUCUCAGGUGAGCAUUUUUUUUCCUUUAUAAGAAACUAAAGCAAUGGGGAAGCUAUUUUAUCCCUGAAGAAGAAAUGACACACUCUCUUCCCAAAAGAAAGAACACCCUGUAGUCCCUACCCACCUCAACACUAAUUUGGCUCUCUUAAGAAGAGACAUCACUCUCUCUAUUGGAGAGAGGUGGACAAUGCCAAUGUGAAGGUUACUGGUCUUUUUCUGUUUCUGUUGAAGAUCCUCAGCAGAUCCUAUGCCUUCAGGGACACCAGUGUAGUCAGGUUUAAGGAAAACAAGUGUGUAAUAACAAAUGGCAACAGUACCCCUUCUCUUUAACAAUAGGGCAUGGUAGAACUGUGGCAACCCAUGGGGAGCAGCUACUGCAGUUGAUUGUGAACAUGCAGUGUUUCCUGAUCUUCCCAUUCCUCAAGAGACUCUGAAAAUUUUUUUAUUUUUUUUUUAAAAAUAUUGGCAGCUAAAAUUUUAAAAUAUUUAAAGUAAAUUCAGGACCAACAGAACACAUAAAUGGACCUAAUUUGACCCACUGGCUGCCAGUUAGUGACGUCUGCUUUAUAAGAUUUGAAAUGAAAGUCACCCAUGGUAAUUACAAAUAACCGUGCAGAGAAUGCCAAGGCUAAAUCCAGCCAGUAGCUGGAUUAUUUCUUUCCCCUAACUCUCCUUCAAAAAAAAUUUGGGGGGGGGGGUGCUGGGGAUCGAACCCAGGGCCUUGUGCAUACAAGGCAAGCACUCUACCGACUGAGCUAUCUCCCCAGCUCCUCCUUCAAAAAUUUUGAUGGGAUUCUGAAUGUAUUUGUAAUGUUUCAAUUGCUUCUUUUCAUUUCUUGACAUCUUAAAGGUAAGUCAGGUGCUAAUUUCAAGUUCAGAUUUAUAGUCUUCCAAUUUGAGAAAUAGAAUGUUUGGAACAAUUUCACUUAACCUCCACAACCUCUAGGACUCAGGUGUAAUCCUUUUUUAGGUGGUAUGCAAUUCUAACUCAAACCAAGACCUACUUAGAAAAACAGGCUUAUGUGGAUAAUAAGGCAAAGAAUCUCUAGUGUCUGCUAGAGCCAGGUAUUUGCAUUAUCUUCUGUCCUAAAUGAUCUGUGAAUUGACUCUCUUGGCUGUGUGAAACAGUGGACAGAGAAAAGCUUUUCAUGAUGUUGAGAUAUGAGGAGUCCCCAUGGGUGUUGGGUCGCCCUUGUUAUUAUCCCUUUCCUUCUCAGGUGCAGGGUGAAAGUAAACAAAAGGAAGCCAAUAGCUUUGAUUCCCAUUUCAGAUCUGGGGGACUGGGAGAAAAUUUAGAUUAUCUCACAUGUUCCCUCCCUGGUGUCAAGACAGAGGCUGCACUGAAUUAUUCCAGACAUAUGGCUGCAGAUGAGAUUCUGGGUUUUUAGUGAAGGAGAUUCUGUAACCUACCCUGUUGAUCAGAUAGUUUUUUGUAUAUUCUUCCUUAUAGAAAUUCAAACCAGCUUUCUUUUGUUGAGGGUGUAGUGGAGAAAGAACAGCUGGUCAUCUUCUCUGUAUCUGAAAACCACAGUGAAGUCAUCCCCCUGAUGUUUUUAUUUCAGUGGUAAAUAAUCCCACCCAGUUAAACCAUUCUUCACAGCUCUUGUUUUCCAGAGGCUUAAUAAUUUUCACUGCUCUUCUGUUUCUCGGUUUCACACUUGUUUUAGUUGCCCAAACAGAACAUUGGUGCCUUAUUCAUAUUGGUGCCUUGUGAUGGCCAAGCUCAGGGUAGGAUUACAGGGAAAAUCAUAUGUGCCCAGUGCCUCUUAGCAUGUAAAAUAUAACGGUACUUUAAAAAAAUGCUGUGUUGCUUGUAUUAAUUCCAAGAAUUAGUAGGCUAUCACUCCUGCCUCCCUUCACUCUUGGUGAUGGUCCUAUUUUCUGGUUUAUUUUCCUUCCUAAGGGCAAACAUGUGGUGCUUACUUCUGAUGUGUUGAUUGUCAUUCCUGAACUUCAGGAUACUCUUUGAGACCAGCUCUUACCUUUUGAGUGGCAGCUACCCUACCCUCCCAAUUUUGGAUUCUAUUUUUGCAAAUCUCUAGACUUUACCUUUACUUGGUGACUUGUAAUAUCACUACAUGGUACAGACUUCAGUUUAACCACUGGUCGGUGACCAGCAGUUUCUAAGUGCUACCUUCCCAUUGCAGUCUGGGGAUUAAUUUGCAAACACCUUUGAAUCUCCCAGUGAGGACCUUUGAGGAAUUUUGACCAAUUGUCUUCUCUCCUCCUCUUUGGUUCUUCCCCAAAAUUCAUCAGGAACCACAGACAUCUCAAGGACUUUUUCUGCAUUCCAAGGGGCUAGAGCCAUGGCACUCAAUUGACCAGCCACUGUGUUUUGCACAAUCAGAAGUCUGACAAAAGCAAACUAUUCCUGUUGUAUAUCUGACAUUUAUAGCAUAUAAUAUUCCAGUCAAGAAGAUUCAAAGGAGCAAUUUUCUAUUUGUAUAUGAUGUAGACAUAAGUGAAUGCUCCAACUUUUAGACAAAAAAAUUGCCAUUGGAUGACACUAACAUGAUCGUCUGUUAUUUAAAAAGUUUAUUUCUCUCACCAUACUUUUUUGGUGAGUCUGGACAACAGCAAAAGCUUUUGUAAGGAACUGUGUUCAUUUAGAGAGUAAGUAAGUAACUUUGAUUUUCACUUAUUAGUUAAUUUUUUUUUUUUUUAAUUUUUACUGCAAAAACUCCCUGUUCCUAUGUUCUAGAGGGAAAGCCUGUGGAAUACAGUGGUAAUUAAUGUCAUUGUUUUUAUUUCAUCUUUAAGUUUGUCCUUGGUGGAAUAAUGAGCACUGAGAGACUGUAGCAGUGUGCUGUAUUUUUACAUUGAAAAUGUUAGUGACAUGUUUGAUUUGUGUAUAACUUUGUAAAUAAGUGAUAGACCACAGCUGACAUUUGCAAAAUGUUUUUGUACCUUAGAAUUUCUGCAUCAAAUAAAAUGUUUUGUUUUAA